GUGUGGGUGCGUUUCGUGUGCGUACGUUCAUGAAUAUUAUGUUCUUGCAUUGUGUUUGUAUGUAUUUCUGACGCCGUUGUGACUUGUCUGUCAUUCCUCUAAAUUUGGAUUUUAUAACUAAAAAUCUUCAAACUGUCGUCUUCAGGCCGGCAGAAUGCUAAAGUUUAUACGUGGGAAGGGCCAGCAGCCCUCUGCAGAGAGGCAGAAACUGCAAAAUGAGCUGUUCGCUUUUCGCAAGACAGUCCAACACGGCUUUCCUCACAGAGCGUCAGCUCUCGCAUGGGACCCUCUAUUAAGACUCGCUGCCCUGGGAACGGCUUCUGGUGCCCUGAAAGUAUACGGGCGCCCAGGUGUCGAGUUAUACGGACAACACACCAACCUAGACUCACCUGUCACACAAAUACAUUUUAUUCCCGGCACAGGACGUUUAAUAUCACUAUGCGACGAUAACAGUUUACAUUUAUGGGAAAUAAACGAGAAAUCCCUCGUAGAACUUAAAUCACACGCCUUCGAAGGCAAAAAUAAAAAGAUAUCUUCAAUAUGCGUGGAGUCAUCCGGCAAGAACCUACUACUCGGCACAGAGGGAGGUAACAUCUACACUAUCGACUGCAACGCUUUCACACUAAACGAGGAUGUUAUUUAUCAAGAUGUUGUUAUGCAAAACUGUCCCGAAGACUUCAAAGUGAAUCCUGGUGCAGUAGAAUCAGUUUGCGAACACCCAAAAGUACCAAGCCGUAUCCUGAUCGGUUACAAUCGUGGUUUGGUGGUACUUUGGGACAGAGUGGCGGCGGCACCAACACACACUUUCGUCUCCAACCAGCAGUUAGAAAGCUUAUGUUGGAACGAUGAAGGCGAACACUUCACAUCAUCUCACAACGAUGGGUCGUACGUCACGUGGGAGGUGGCGGGCGCGGCGAGCGACAGGCCGCUCAAAGAACCCGUCACGCCUUACGGACCCUACCCAUGCAAAGCUAUCAAUAAGAUCCUCACCAGGACCAGUGUGGAUGGGGACGAGAUCACAAUAUACGCGGGAGGCAUGCCCAGAUCGUCAUACUCUGACAAGUACACUGUGACCGUACAACAGGGCGAGAAACAUGUUGCCUUCGAUUUCACAAGCCGAGUGAUCGACUUCUUCACAACUACGCCCGUGCCGCCCGACGGCGUGCCUCUACAAGAGACAAGACCCGACACGCCAGCUCAGAUACAAGUGCAGACCGUCAACCAAGUCGCAGCUUGUUUGGUGGUGCUGGCGGAGGAGGAGCUGGUGGCGCUGGACCUGUGCGACGCGCGCUGGCGGCCGCUGCGCCUGCCCUACCUCGUGUCCGUGCACGCGUCCGCCGUCACCACCGCGCACCUCGUCGACCAGGUGGCCGACGGCGUCUACGACAACAUCGUGGCGGCCGGACAACAGCAAACGGAAAACGUGUACUCUGAAGGACCGUGGCCGAUAUCCGGCGGUAUCGUGGAGACACCCGAGUGCUCGGACCGCCAGGUGCUGCUGACGGGCCACGAGGACGGCUCCGUGCGUUUCUGGGACGUCAGCGGGGUCGUCAUGACGCCGCUCUACAAGUACACCACGGCGCCGCUGUUCAGCGGUGAAGAGAUUGGCGAGAACAACGACAGUCAGAACGAUGAAGAGGAAUGGCCUCCAUUCCGAAGAGUCGGUACUUUUGACCCGUACAGUGACGAUCCAAGACUUGCUGUUAAACGAGUUCUCCUUUGUCCACUGUCCGGUAUGCUGACAAUCGGUGGGGCGGCCGGUCAGAUCGUUAUCGCUAGCUUAAAAACAUCACCUAGCACAGCAGAAGUUAAGUCGAUUCCCGUAAAUAUAGUGUCAGAUCGCGACGGAUUUGUAUGGAAGGGACACGAUCAGCUGACAUUACGUUCCGGUCCCCUUACAUUCCCAUCCGGCUAUCAGGCCAGCGCCGUGGGGCAGCUGUCGCCGCCGGCCGCCGUGACGGCGCUGAGCGCGCAGUGGGAGUGGGGCGUGGUGUGCGCGGGCACGGCGCACGGGCUGGCGCUGCUGGACGCGCUGCGCGUGGUGCCGCUCACGCACAAGUGCACGCUCAACCCGCACGAUCACUCGGGCGCUGGAGAUACGCCGAUUUCGAGACGAAAAUCUUUCAAGAAGUCCCUGAGAGAGUCUUUCAGACGUUUACGGAAGGGUCGCUCGCAGAGACGUCAAACUACAACUUCAGCUAGUCCCACUUCGCCGGCACAACCAGCUGCUAAGAAAUCAGCCGAGAAAAUCAGCGAAGUGGACGCGGACGUGAAGCCGAUCGAGCGCGCGGUGGAGGCGCGCUCCACGGACGACGCGUUCGGCUCCAUGGUGCGCUGCCUGUACUUCGCGCGCACUUUCCUCAUCAACACACAAAAUUCGACGCCAACUUUAUGGGCCGGUACGAACAACGGAACCGUAUACGCAUUUACGAUAAACGUUCCCAACACGAAUAAACGAAAAGAGGAACCGGUAACCUGUCAACUUGCAAAAGAAAUUCAAUUAAAGCACAGAGCGCCCGUCAUCGGCAUCACAGUAUUAGAUGGAGCUGCCGUACCUCUGCCUGAUCCAUUAGAGGUGGAGCGCGGCGUGGCGGCGCUGCCGGAGGGCGGAGCGCACCGCGUCGUCAUCACGUCGGAGGAGCAGUUCAAGGUGUUCACGCUGCCCGCGCUCAAGCCGCACAACAAGUACAAGCUCACCGCGCACGAGGGCGCACGGGUGCGUCGCACGGCGUUCGCGUGGUUCUCGUGCACGGGCAGCGGCGGGGAGCGGCACCGCGAGUGGUGCCUGCUGUGCCUCACCAACCUGGGCGACUGCCUCGUGCUGUCGCCGGACCUGCGCCGCCAGCUCAACGCGGCCGCCGUGCGCAAGGAGGACAUCAAUGGCAUUUCCAGUCUUUGCUUCUCAAAACGAGGCGAGGCUCUGUAUCUUCACUCGUCAUCAGAACUUCAAAGGAUUACGCUCUCUGCUACUAAGGUGACGAUCGCGCAAUGUCACGUCUUACUAUCACCUUGGGCUGCGGCUUUACGCGGUCCGCCUGAAGAAACUCCUCUGACUAAUGGAGAACAUAAAGAGGAGGCGGCGGCGGAGGCGCACGACGUGACGGCGGCGUCGGGCGACAUCACCGUGGACUCCGUGCGCGACCACGCCGCCGAGGCCAACGAACUCAACAUCAACCUGCAGAAUUCACAAGUGAACACGACCUCCAUGGUCGUAAAGACGACGACGAGGACAAUGAUAAACGAGAACAACACGGACGGUGGCGUCAGCACCACCACCACUACGACCACCACCAACUCCACUAACGAAAACAUCCUAGAGCACAGUCGCGAGGAGGGCGUCAUCACUCGUAUUGAGACGGGCACCGUGACGGUGCCGGCCGGCACCGACCCCAAGCUGAUCCUGGAGAUGUUUGACCGCCAGCGCUCGCCGCUCGCCGUGCCCGUGCCGCCUGCGGAGUCCUAGCCGCCGAAAACUUCAAUUCUAAAUUC